AUACACAUACAUUAUUUAUUAAAUUAGAAACCAAAAAUUAGAGUGCACCGUAGAAAUUCAUUUAAAAUCGCCAAACAGAAAGACGAAGCGUGUAAGAUUGACAGUCGUCUGUGAUUGGCUGGCGGAGCGGUAGUGGGGAUACGCCUAGUGUACUGCUAUAUAAUCGUGCCACGGCCGAGACGCUGCACAUUUUCUACCGCAUCCUUGACAAGCACGUAUCGUUAUUCGAGAUGACUGGCCGUGGUAAGGGAGGAAAGGGAUUGGGAAAGGGAGGUGCGAAGCGUCAUAGGAAAGUCUUGCGUGAUAACAUCCAGGGUAUUACGAAGCCAGCUAUUCGUCGUUUGGCGCGACGUGGUGGUGUCAAACGUAUAUCCGGUUUAAUUUACGAAGAAACUCGAGGUGUGCUGAAAGUGUUCCUUGAGAACGUAAUUCGUGACGCUGUCACCUAUACCGAGCACGCUAAGAGAAAGACUGUCACUGCCAUGGACGUCGUUUACGCGCUGAAACGUCAAGGAAGAACUCUGUACGGCUUUGGUGGUUAAGCCAGAGCAAACAGCAAGACUGCAUCCACAAUACUCAAACAACGGCCCUUUUCA